AUGAAUGAGGAAGCAAAUGGAGAUCGCUCGGCUAAAAGACAACGAAUAAAAUGUCUCGUUGAAGACCCAGCAACGGGUUUGCACAGGCCGCGGGACUAUGUGAAAAGUCUGGAGGCUCGAAUCGCGCAUCUUGAGGGAUUAGUUCAGAAGUACCAGCAGGAAGCCCCGCUUGAUCAUCAAACCUCUCCAAGUAAUGAUCCAAGAGGUGCUUCCGUCGACGACUCAAGCUCAGUUGCCGUGGAAUCCACUCCUAAUCUCGACCUGCUCAGUAAUGAAGUAGCUCUGUUGUGUCUAAGUGCUGCUGGCCGUGAGCCGCAAUUUUUUGGACCAUCUUCGGCUGUCUUCUUCUCCCGAAUUGCUAGUGCCAGCAUCGACUUGCCUCUCAAGCAAUCUGAUUGGAAUGACUCACCCAGGCUCGGGGACAAUAACGAAUACCACAACAGGUCACAAUGGAGUCCGAUUCCUCCUGUCGAACUUCCGUCUUCAACAAAGGCUGCCAUGUUAUCCGAGGCAUACUUCAAAAGUAUUCAUCCUCAAUACCCCUUUCUCCAUCGGCCAACAUUUCGAUCCAUGGAGAAGGAAUGCUUGAGUGCCAACGCAUUGGGCGAUAUCAGCACAGCUGAUCCUGCUUCGCUUUUCUUUGUCCUCAUGGUCAGAGUCGAUCUUCAUGUUGCUUAA